CUGGAAUUCAUGUGUGGUGUUGGUUCCAGGGUGGUUUUGGGGGUGGUUGGUAUUCCGGUAGAUUCCAGUAUGCUAUCUAGUCCGGACGACGACAAUAAGGAUAUCGUGUUGUGGCGUGGUAUGGUUUUAUUGAUGGAUUUGGGGGUUGGUUUUGUUGUGAUUUAGAUGGUUUGUGGUGAUGGUAUGGAUGUGCGUGUUUACUUACAUAUACAGUAUGGAAGGCCGGACAUACUUUUGUGAAAUACUUCUGGGUGGGACGAUCGGAAUGUUUAUUGGAAUGGGGAAUUUUGAUGAUAAUGAUCGGUGGAAUGCGGAAAUAUACUCCGCUUCAAUUUAUCACAUUGCUGCUUUGGAUAUUUG